UUGAUAUUCUUAAUAGAUAUAACAUCGCUAGGCGAGUCAAGUGAUUGGGAAUACGUCGAGGUCGUGAUUUCACGUCCAGCCGGUAAAAACGUGAGUUUUGGUUUCAGUGUUGCCGGUGGUUAUGAUGCUCCUCAAGAGAACGGUGAUCCAAGCAUCUACGUUACAAGGAUUGCGGCUGGUAGCAUAGCCGAAGCGGACGAUCGUUUGCGACCCUUGGAUCAAAUCAUGUCGGUCAAUGGGAUUGAUCUUACUUGUGUGUCAAACCAAGAGGCGAUCAUUCGACGAUACACCGGCCCUGAGGCUGCCCUAUCUGAUGGUGACUUGAACGCACCAAUUACAAACGUUGCCUCACCCAACAGUAGUAAUGAUGAAGGCACCGCAGUUGAAGACAUGUAUUAUGAGGUAAGUUUGUUGAAGCCAUCGGUGGGUGUUGGCCUUGGAUUUACCAUAGCUGGGGGCCAGGCAUGUGAAGACUAUCCAGGCGGUAUCUACGUGACAAAAAUCACCCCAGGGGGUCUGGCUGAGGAGGAUGGACAAAUCCAGCCUGGCGAUCGGCUUCUUCAGGUUAAUGGACAAGACUUGGACAAUAUCACGCAUGAUGCUGCUGUCAAGCUUCUACGUAAUGCUGGAACUCAUGUGCAUUUGGUUUUGUUACGGCCACGAGAAUCCACAAUCAGUCCAAAUUUCACCUCUACUCUCACCUCCGAUUAUACAAUUAAUGGGAACAACUGA